UACAGAUUAAACUCAGUAUACUAGUUCUCUCAUAGUAAUGAAUUACUCACGCUUCUGCGACGAUAUCUGGGACCAGCUCUCUGCCAUGAGCAAAUCGGCAGACUGCGACAGCAGUUUACUUCUCCAAAGGCUCAGCAGCUUGGAUAGUUUUCUCGGUACGGAUCGAGUGUCGAAGGUAGCCCAUGCGCAGUGGGUCGAUUCACUGGCAGUUGCAGGUAGUCUGGCACAGGAUACAUUUGUGUGGAGCAGUUCAGCUGCAGUUCAGAAGGCUGGCACCAAAUGGCUCGUGGCUAUUUCGGAGCAGCUGAACCUUUCUUCGAGCGGCAUUAUCACCAAGAAUAUGUUUCGGGCCAUCUGCGACUCGCGCGUACGACCGUACUUUGCGUCCUCUGGAACGGCUAAACCGCAGUUUGUGCUGGACUCAUCCAACAGCAAAGCAGACACGCGCAUGUUGGCCGACAACAAGCAGUGGAGAACCCACCAGCAGUGCAUUGCAGCGUUUAUGUGGGCGUUCGAGCACCUACCAGAUGACGACAUGGUUGCAGUUAUUUCGUACAUCCUGCCGGUAGCCCUUGAUCUGGCCGAAGACUACGAUGCUGGAAUGAAAGUGCGUGGUAUCAAGCUCGUGCUGCGUCUGCUGGACCGCAUGGACCGCGAGUUCCUGCGCAAAUCCGGUAUUGCCAGCCUACUGGAGAAGAGCGUGCUCGACUCUCUGGUAUUCCGCAGUGGUGAGAGCGCAGGUGCAGGCACACAGCUCAUGGAUGUGGCAUUUGCGGCAGCAGUGCGUGUGUCCCAGACACUGUACCCGCGGAUGGACAACCCAAAGUACACGGCUGCAUGGUGGAGGAUGGCCGACUGCAUUGUGCGCAACAGCAUGUAUGUGUCAGAUAAUGUCAUGGCAAGCACCGUGCUGUGCAGGUGGAUUGCACCAGUGUGCAAAGCCCUUGGUCCGGCCGUGGCAAGAUAUCUGAAGCCAUUGCUGGGUGUGGUGCUGCAGAAUCUGCGGGCACCUGUAUAUCUGAUGCCCGAGAUACUUGAAUUGCAGCUCGUCUCGGUCGAGCAACUGGGAGAACUGAUGGAUGCCUGCCCACCCAGGGUCGGUGCGCAUGCAGAUGAGAUUCUGGCGGGCCUGGCCAUCUCGUGGGCGAUGACAGGGAAAAAGCAGAGUUCCAAGACAGCAGGAAUCGACAGACUCCAGAGCGUCAUUAUCAUGACAACAAGGAAACUGCAAGGAUAUGCGCCAGAGAGCGUCAAGGCUGGAAUCCAGCGUUUGAGCAGCGCGCGCCCAGAUGAGUUUAGCGGUCUAAAGGAUGCUCUGGCUUGA